AAUCUUUCUCUCAUCGUUAACGGCAUAAGAAUAAUUUAAUUCAAAUUGUCGUUUUCGAUGAUUUACAUUCUCUCGUGUUGAUUUCCUAUUCUUCUCUCUCGUUUUUUUUUUCAUUCCUUCUCGUUUCUAAAAUACGGCCAAACAUUCGUUUAUUUUAUUGCUUGCGGUCGAUUUUUUCCCCAACCUUCAUUCCAGCAUCACCCGAUUUUCUUCCCUCUCUACCUUAUCCUACACCGGACGACCAGGAGAUUAUUGACCUGACCCUUUCCCUCCUUUCGAAACAUCAACAGGCAAAUCACGUUCCAUCAUCAGCUAGUAUUCCAACCUCUUCUUAAUUAUUCGAUACAUCAACAUCAAUUCACGAUACAUCUCGCAGAUUAGCACACAUCGAUUCACUCGUUAUUUCGACAAUACGUUUCUGUUGUGAUUGUCAUCUCCCUCUCGCUGGUCAUCUUACCAAGACCCAACUUACUUUCCAACACAAAACAGACGAUUGAUCUUAAAUAAACCAACCUACGAUCAUCAUACAAAUAACAUCUCACGGCAAACUUCAUCGCCAUCGCCAUCGCCAUCGCCAUCGCGACCGAUCGAUCCAUUUAAUCAACAUAUAACGCAAGAAAGGCCACGGCCACAUCAAAUCAUUCAUCAUGAAGUCGAUAUCUACUCUCGCUAUCAUCGCUGCUACCGCCUGCAUUAGCAAUGCAAUCGCGGCACCAUCUCUAGAAUUAUACACGCGACAAUAUAAGACUUUAACGUAUAUGGGAUGCUUUUCCUCGGGUGAGGGAUUGACCAAGAAUUCAACAUACAUAUACAACAGUAAAGGAUGGUGUCAAAUGCAGUGUGUACCUGCCGCCGAAUAUGCAGUUCAAGCAACAUACAACAGCGAUGAAUGUUGGUGUGGUGAUGAUCUUCCUCCAGCAGCUGAUUUAGUCGACGAUUCAAAGUGCAAUAGUCCUUGUGCUGGUACUAGUUUAGAGAUGUGUGGUGGUACGAAACUUUAUUGGUCGGUUUAUCUCACUGGGACAGAAAGUUCAGCACCAAAUUAUGAUCCUGCUGCCGCAGCUGCAUCAUCUGCAUCAUCUGCAUCAGCAUCCGCAUCAUCCGUCGCUGCUACACAUACCACAUCUAUUGCACCAUCAGUUGUUACCGUAGGAGGUAUGAAUAUCUUCAUGUCACGAAUAUUCUUUCUCAUCUAACCAUAGUUUUAGGUCAAACGGUUACAGUUCAAGCAUCCAGCGCAGCCGCAGCAUCGAGCUCGGUAGCUGCAUUGUCCGAAAAUAAAUCAUCAGGUCCAAAUAAAGCUGGCAUCGCCGCAGGCGUCGUUGUCGGUGUGCUAGUAGCUGCGGCCAUCGCUGGAGGAAUCUUCAUUGUUAUGCGGAAUAAGAAGAGACGUGAGGUCGAGGAAGAAUACCGAAGAAAUGCAGCAGUUAAUAACUUUGUCACUGGUGGUAAAGUACCUGUUAGCAGUGGUGGCUCUUUUACCGACACCCGACUUGAUCCUACUCUUGCAAAUAGAAGAAUGAGCGAUGGUAGUAUCGCUGAUAAUCAAGAUUACUCGAGGAGAAUCCUCAAGGUAUGCGAAUGUAAAAGCUAACAAUUUAAUCAUAUACUAACAUUCUGUAAAGGUAACCAACGCAUGAUAAAGCUAUAUACAUACACACACACAUUUAAUCAAUGUGACGAACGACGAGUUUUCAAUGUCAUUUAGCUCAAUUUCAAUCCUUUUCGGCGUUUUCGGUCCUUAUCUUCUUUUAGUUGUGACUACAAACACAUGGUCGUUCUGCUUUGGGUAUCAGUCCCUGUUUUAUAAGGGUUCAUGGUGUUAUGUGUAUAGGCGUGGCGUAGAAUGAGCAUAUGAAGAACAUACUCUUUCGCCAUUAGGAGGAUUGAUUUUUCCAAAAUAGGCAUCAAUUCUACGAUACACUCAAACAUUUAAUCGAUGUUUGAAAAUCACACCGUCCUCUCUUUUUUUUAGCAUUUUGCUCUUCGAAAAUUCUUUUACCUUUCUUUCGAUAUUUUAUCUCCUUUUCAAUGUUUUAUUUCCUUGAACCAAGCGAUCCUCUUAUACCCACCCACCCUUCACGUACCAGAAACAAUAAAUGCACAAACUCAACACAAAAUCCAAUCCAUAAAUUUUAUAGGAUCUUGUGAAGAUGAACAGAUUUGGGAGGAUGGGGUGGGAAAGGGAGAGAUUUAAGAGGGUAGAAGGGAUUGGUGUUGGUUGGAGGGAUAUACAACGGAUGGGAGUCGGAAUAUUUGAGAGAUAGAUCGGGGGAUCGGAAAGUAUAGUAGAAGAUAUAGGGAAAUGGAAGGUUUUAAAGGGUUUUACUGCGAAGUAGUGGUUGGUUGGGGUGGUUAAUGGUUAUUAGAUCCGAAGAAUGGGAUUGGCAAUUGGACUGAAAGUGGGACUGGGACUGCUUUGGUGAAAUAGUCUUAAUGAUGAGUACCUGAGAAGACCUCGAGAAGAGAGGUUAACAGGAUGAGGGGG